AUUAAGUAGUCCAUGGGCAGCAAGACACCGCCUCUUUUUAGAAUAUGCGAGUGGAAUCAUUUUAACUUACUUUACCUGUUGUCCGCUGAUUUUGUCCGUGUGUCGGAGGUAAUCUGAGACAAAAUAUCUACAGGGAACUGUUAUUAACCCGACUUCCAGCACGCUGGUCUGUAUAUCGGUUUGUAUUUACAAUACUGAUGCAAUUCGCACGUGACGAACACCUUGCACAAUAUGUAAACCAUGGCUGGCCUAGCUUAACCAAACCACAGAUCGAAAGUUGUUCCACGCGAACAGCUGGCAAAUUUCACUUAUCGCUUCCAGCUAAUUUGCUUGGAAAUGUGCUUCGGUCAACGAAGUUUAGUUACAUUCGGUUGUUUACAUGUUGUGCAUCACGUGCAGAGUAUCAGGAUAUUAAAUAUACAAGCGACAGAAUCUACCCUCGGGUGAACAAAAAAUAUCCACAGGAAAGUCAUCUCCACUUCCUGCUGCCAAAAGGACCAACAGCAUGUACAACUGAAUCUUAUCUGAUCAACAUGAGUCUACAGUGGACAGCCGUGGCCACAUUCCUUUAUGCGGAGGUCUUCUUUGUUUUGCUUCUGUGUGUGCCCUUCAUCUCCCCCAAGAGAUGGAGUAAGAUCUUCAAAUCUCGUCUGGUUCAAACUAUCGCAUAUUAUGGAAACACCUCCUUCAUUGUAGCCAUUGCCAUUCUAGUUUUCUUACUAAUUGAUGCGUUCAGGGAGGUGCGAAAGUACAGUGUGACUGAGAAGGUGGACCUGACCAACAACCCAGUGGCUGUAGAUCACAUUCACAUGAAGUUGUUCAGAGCCCAGAGGAAUGAGUACAUUGCUGGCUUCGCCCUGCUCCUGUGUGUGUUGCUGAGGCGACUGGCAACCCUGCUCUCUCAGCAGGCCACUUUGAUGGCUUCCAACGAGGCCUUCAAGAAGCAAGCCGAGGGAGCCAGUGAUGCUGCCAAGAAGUACAUGCAGGAGAAUGAGGAUCUGCAGGCGAAACUGAAGGAUGCCGGCGUCGCUGUCCCAGAAGUGGGCAAGAAGCCAUCUGGAGUUGGAGUGCAGGAGGAAAACAAGACACUGAAGGCAGAGGUGCGCUCUCUGAAGGAUGAGCUGGAAGCCACAAAGAAAGUCCUCCUGAAGUCUGACGGUGACGUGAAGGCAAUGAAGAAGCAGGCGGAGAACCUGACUGUGGAGUACGACCGCCUGCUCAAUGAACAUUCCAAGCUGCAGGCAAGCAGUGAUGCUCAAUCGCAGGACAAAAAGUCCAACUGAUCGGGAGAGAAGUGUUGACGUGCUCGUACCAUCCACCGUCAACAACAGCCACCCAUCACCACUGCUUUACACAGGAAGUCAUUAGGUGCUGAAUGUGCAGACCUGCAGGAGGAGGAUUUGGUUUAUUUGCCUUCAAAGCCUCGCUACUCUGUUGUGGCGUACAAUGGAUAGCCAUGUUUUUUAUAUGGUUUGCCUCCAUUUGUGAAACCACCAUGUACUUUAUAUCUGUACUUAGCUGUUUUCAUUCCAUUUGAAAUUAAAUGAACAAAUUGCACAUCUGAACAGAUGAUCCUCUUUGUAUUUGAGAAGGCUAUGUCCCCUGUUUGGCAGUCUGAUUUUACUACUUUAGUUGUUCAACCAAUGUAUCUAUUCUGAGGGGACCUGGUAACAGUUGUCCAUGUCACAAAUAUUCCGAUAUCUGAUAGAAAAUAUGUAGUUGCGAGUCACCUUUGGACUUACUGUAAGGUGUGGUUUAACAUCUUAUUCCUAUUCGUCAAUUCUUCAUUCUUUUUUUGAAUGUAAUCUCUGUGUUACCUGUUACAGUAUGAGGCAGACCCUACUGUCAUUAAGGGCAUCAUAUUGUAUGGUUGGGAAUCUGCAUAUGCUCCUUUGAUGGAAAGCAGUUCAUUUUCACUCCAGUAAUUAGGCCCAUUUCAUGCUUUUGACUGAACAAAUCUUUGAUUUGGCACAUCUUGUUCUUUGAAGCCCUUAUCCUCUUGCUUUGUUUGAAAAUUAAUAAGUUCCUUUUACCUCGUCUGACUGCACACUUCUGUAUUGGAGAAGUGCCUCAGGCACAUGGUGUGACGAACUUGUACCACUCAAAUCACUAAGCCUGCAUAACAUGAUAUGAGAUGAGCUAUAUUGGAAUGUAGGGCUUCAUGGCGUCCUUCCAUUUGAAGUCAGUUUGCGCCUCUCAUUGGUUGGCAUUUAAAAACACGGUUGGUUCAGUCUUUCAAAUGUUAGACAUGAUGUAGUCUUUAAAUUCUGAUAUUUGAAAGAAUGUUGGAAAUUUGUUUAUUAAACUUCUUUGCGAUCUCA